UAAGAGUCCGUUUACAUCUCACAUUGCCGACUCUUUAGGGGUACAUAACUCACUAUCUAAAACCGUCGAAUGCCCCUACAAUUCAAGAAUCUAAUCCAUCCUACCUACCUACCUACCUUUAGUAUAAACAAAAGCAACCUAUAACUUUAUCACAAGAGGUCUCCUGAAUUAUAGCAGCCAAGUUCCUCGCCAUGAGUUACGCGUAUCAGCAGAAUAAUGUCGUGCCUGAUUCAUACUACGAGACAGCCGAAGAUGCGGAAAGCCUCUUUCUCGGCAUGGACCUAGACAUGGCAAUCUACCUGCUCCGCGCAGAGGAUUGGAGCCGCGAUGACUUCCGUGCCCUUACAAACGCCCUUGCCAAGUAUGACAACGGCAACUACCAGGAGCCAAGAAACCACGACAGCUGGACCCCAAGCGUCUGGGCCAACCACCUCCUGCUGGCCGGCAAAGUGAUCGACGCGUGCAGGUUCCUGAGGGACGACGAGUACUGCCGCGGCGAGCUGCCCACCACGCUCUACGUCUACGCCAUCAUCCGCCUCGCGACGGCCCACAUGUGUGGUAUCCGCCUGCGUCACUACGUCAGAACCGAGUACGAGGUUCCUGAGCCAGUGGUAGAAUCCCCCCCGAACCGAAUCCAGUACAAUAAUAACACCAACAGAAACAAUAACAACCACAACAACGCUACUCCUCCUCGUCCUACCUUUCCCAACAGCCACCUCCCCGCCCCUCCCCGCAGAAGCUCUAACUCCACCUCAGCCUCCCGCGCCCCGCAGCAGCGCCCUUCUCACCCCGGCCCCAGCAGGAGCUCCCGAGUCUUUGGCAACGGAGCCACAAGUUCACCUGCAAACCCCUUUGGCCCCCCUCCCCCAUCCAACGCCAUUUCUAUCACCGCCACCACCGGCGCAGUAGCAAACCCAUUCGCAAACCCCUUUGGUCCUCCUUUAUUUUCCAACACUACCAACACUGCUACUAACCCCGCCACCGGCGCUUAUGCUGCUGUGUACUGCCACAACUUCUCCGGAGGAAUAUGGCUACAGUAAUAGCAUAGCAUAGCAUAGCAUAGCAUAGCAUAGCAUAGCAUAGCAGUGGCGGUAGCUAACAUAACAGGCAUUUUAGGCGUCCCAGGCGCCAGUGGGAACCAGUGUUUUUUUUUUUUUUUUUUUUUUUUUGUGGCUAGAAAGAAUCGGAUGAUGGAAGAACUACCUGUGUAGCUAACCCGGGGGGUGGGAGUGGAAAGGGGUAAAAUAUAUCCAUACUCUAAUGUUAAGGGGGAGAGGAGGAGAUAGGAUGGAGAUUUCAGUUUAGAUGUCUAUGAACAACAACA